GGAGGAAGAGAGAGAGAGAGGGAGGGAGGGAGGGAGAGAGAGAGUUGGGAAGCUUCACACUGCUUCUUCCGUCGUCUACAGCUGUUUCUAGGGUUUUGUAUCGAUCCCUCUCCCCGUCCAAGUAUUUUCUUCUCUCCUCCUCGUCUGAACCGAAUUUCCCCUUUCCCUAUUCAAUUCCCUCCAAUUUGAUACUCCGACUCAAGCUUUUACAAUGGGCGGGCUGGAUAGGUCACAGACCAGCUCCAAUUCCAUGCAGCGUGUUAAGGUUUACCGGUUGAAUGAUGAUGGCAAGUGGGAUGACCAAGGAACAGGCCAUGUCACUGUGGACUAUAUGGAGAGAUCAGAGGAGUUGGGGUUGUUUGUCAUUGAUGAAGAAGACAACGAGACUUUACUUCUACAUCGUAUCAGCUCAGAUGAUAUCUAUCGGAAGCAAGAAGAUACUAUUAUUUCAUGGAGAGAUCCAGAAUAUUCAACAGAGCUAGCACUUAGUUUUCAAGAGGCCACAGGAUGCUCUUUCAUUUGGGAUAAUAUCAGUAGCGUUCAAAGGAAUCUCCAGUUUAGUACUCUUAGCAAUGAGACAUUUCAUAGUGUGACUAGUGAGCUAAGGGAGCUUCCUAAUGUCGAGCUAUCUACACUUCCGCUAAUACUUAAGACUGUGGUUGAGAGUGGAAUUGCAGAUCAAAUGAGGUUGACAGAACUCUUAUUGAAUGAUCGAGAUUUUUUCAGAAAGCUGAUGAACCUUUUCCGAAUCUGUGAAGAUUUGGAAAAUUCCGAUGGUCUUCACAUGAUAUUUAAAAUAAUUAGAGGAAUUGUUUUACUCAACAGUCCGCAAAUCUUCGAGAAAAUAUUCCACGACGAUCUUAUUAUGGAUAUUAUCGGUUCUCUUGAGUACGAUCCCGAGGUUCCACAUACUCAACAAUUUCGUAAUUUCUUGAAAGAGCAUGUUGUAUUUAAGGAGGCUAUUCGCAUUAAGAGCCCCGCAGUUCUGUCAAAAAUACACCAGACAUAUAGAGUUGGUUAUUUAAAGGAUGUUGUUUUGGCACGAAUGUUGGAUGACUCCAUGGUUGCUAAUCUGAAUUCCAUAAUUCAUGCCAACAAUGUGCUUGUUGUUACUUCUUUGAAGGACGACAGUACCUUUAUUCAGGAAUUGUUUGCUAGGUUGAGAUCACCCUCCACACCUGACGACUCAAAAAAGGACUUGGUUUAUUUUCUGCACGAGUUUUGUAGCGUAAGCAAAAGCCUCCAAAUGGCAAUGCAGCUUCGGUUGUUCAGGGACCUUAUGAAUGAAGGUAUCUUUGACAUCAUUACGGAUGUCUUGCAGAGUCCAGACAAAAAGCUUGUCUUAACAGGGACAGAUAUCCUCAUUCUUUUCUUGAAUCAGGAUCCAAAUCUUUUGCGUACUCAUGUUGCUCAACAGGAAGGAUUUCCACUGUUUGGACUUCUGAUUAAAGGUAUGGUAACAGAUUUUGGGGACAACAUGCACUGCCAGUUUCUUGAAAUUCUUCGCAAUCUAUUGGAUACCUAUGCAUUACCUGGAAUCCAGAGAGAUACAAUUGUUGAGAUUUUCUAUGAGAAGCAUUUGGGCCAAUUAAUAGACAUCAUAACAGCAUCAUGUCCUACAGAAGGUUUGCAAUCAGGCAAGAACAUUGAAGACGCCGAUGGAAGACUGGGAGAUACGAAUGGCGUGAAGCCUGAGAUUCUGUCGAAUAUAUGCGAAUUACUUUGCUUUUGUGUGCUUCAACACCCUUAUAGAAUAAAGUCUAAUUUUCUCCAAAAUAAUAAGAUAGAAAAAGUGGUGUUGUUAACACAACGGAAGGAAAAGUACUUGGUUGUUGCUGCAGUUCGAUUUAUUCGUACUGUUCUUUCGCGCCAUGAUGAACAUCUGAUAAAUUAUUUUGUCAAGAAUAACACUCUCAAACCUAUCAUAGAUGUAUUUGUUGCUAAUGGAAGUCGGUAUAAUCUGCUAAAUUCUGCUGUUUUAGAACUUCUCGAGUAUAUAAAGAAGGAAAAUUUGAAGUUAUUGGUUAUACAUAUAAUUGAUUCCUUCUGGAAUCAGUUGUCCCGAUUUGAAAAUUUGUCUUCCAUUCAAGCUUUAAAAGUUAAAUAUGAUCAGUGCCUUGAAAAUUGUGAAAUGAAAGGCACUUUGAACACAUCAGAUCCUCGAAAAAGAAAUGACGAGCGUGCUCCUGAGAAAGAAGAGGACGACUAUUUUAAUGGGGACAGUGAUGAAGAGGAUACUGCAUCUGCAUCUGUUGCUCGAAAACAGAACGAACAAUCUCAACCUGGUUUAUCCAAUGGUGUUACCACAAAUUGCCCACCAGUAAGUCUUAGGUCAGGUGGUCUAGUUGAUUACGAGGACGAUGAAGACGAUGAAGACUACAGACCACCCCAGAGAAAACAACCCGACACUUCAGACAAAGACAUUGAAAUAAUGGAAGUCCUCUGGCAUAAGCGGAAGUUGGCUCCUCAAGAGGAACCUGAGAUAGUUAAGAAGCAACGGCUGGUUAGGAAGCACAAGCCAAAAGAUGGUGUACUUGCUUCCUUGUGUACCACACUGAGUCAGGCCGUCUUACCUGGUAAGAAGACAACAAACGCUACCGAGACUAGUUCGUGCACGCCUUAUGAGAACAAAAGCUCAGUCAAAGAAAGUCAUGAGACAAAUCCUGCUAUUCCUAGCGGCUCUUCUGAUGGCAGUAGCAGCAAUUCUGAUGAGGAAAAUCGCAGGGAAAACAAAUCUACAGCUUCUAAAGGUUACUCCAACAGUAGUGUCUUGCAUGUUACUUCAGAAAACCAACAAUUGGGCGGGGACGACUAUCCAUUGAUACCAACAAAAUCAUCGCCCGAAAUGACUGUGAACGGAUCGAUAAGUUAGUAUUAGCAUCAUUCCUCUAUCUGGUGCCUGCCAAAUUAUUAUGAUCUUCGACUCAUGGAUGCACUUGGUGGUGGGACUACUUGGUUCUGAGAUUACACGAAAAUCGGUCAACACGCUCCCUGAAUGAAAGUGAAUCAAUGGAAUGGGAAUAUAAUUGGUUUCAAAGCUUUCGGGUUCAGUCGAAGAUGAGGACGUCUUACUGUAUAGUGCGACUGAGCGGUACUCGCUCAAUUUUACCUCUAGCAUGUUUACUCUGUAAAACAUUUGGCCAUAUUAAUUUUGCUGGCUAGCAUUGUCACCCUCGCUUCUCCAUCUCUAUUUACUCUCCUUGUCACUCUCCCUACUCCACUCCCUCCCUUGGGGCAUAAAAUAGCUUCUUAUAAUUUAGUAUGAUUCAGAUUUUGAACUCUUUUAGAAAAAGGGCAUAAAAUUUUGCCCCAUAUCAUUCUCUCUUUUAGUUUAGGGGAUUUAGUUCUUAAAGCUAGCUAUGAAUAUACACAUAUGGUCGUUUGUUCUCA